UAUUCGAUAUAUAAAUUGAAUGAAAAGGACAAGAAUGCCUGCAACUAAUUUACAAGCCUCCCACAAAAUUUCCUUUGCAUGAACUUGCUUUUGAAAAUUCCAACCAUUAACCUGCAACUAAUAGCCAAUUUGAAAAAACAAAAUAUAAAAACAAAACAAGUGGUAGGCGUCUCGUCCUAAUUCGACUUUUCUUGUACUCUCAGUAACGGCUCUAUCAGGUGAAAGAACUAGAUAAGUCGUCCAACGGACAGAAACUUAGCUUAUUCGAAGCCUCCAACAUUUCAACACACAUUGAUUUUGGCCAUUGCAAUGAUGGUGGUCUCCGCGUCCAUUCCCGCGUGAAAAGUGUCCAGAAACGCCCCCGUAUAAAAUCCCGUCUCUCACGAGUCACGUCUUUUUCCUCUUUUCUCACCCAACGCACACGCACGCUCUAAAGACAGACUGUAAUCAAGAUGACUGUAAUGUCCAACGAUCGAAAAUACCGCCGGAGUACCAGGAGUCCUCUCCUUCCUCUAAAGCACGAUGGCUACGAGCCUCUCGAGGUAGGCUUCGGUGGCGCUUCAUUCUCUGGCGCCGUUUUUAACCUAUCCACCACCAUCGUUGGUGCCGGAAUCAUGGCCCUUCCGGCCACCGUGAAGCAACUAGGGCUAAUUCCAGGUAUUAUAAUGAUCGUGCUGGGAGCCAUGUUAACGGAGUCUUCCAUCGACAUGAUCCUAAGAUUCGGUAAAGCUUCCAAGUCCUCCACGUAUUCCGGUGUCGUCGCGGACGCGUUCGGCGGGCUCGGCCGCACUCUCAUCCAAAUGUGCAUUGUCAUUAACAACCUCGGCAUGCUCAUCGUAUACAUGAUCAUAAUCGGUGAUGUGUUAGCCGGGACGUUGUCAGAUGGGGUCCACCAUUCGGGUGUUAUGGAAAAAUGGUUGGGUCAACAUUGGUUGACUUCGCGUUCUUUCUUGCUACUGCUAACCACGCUGCUUGUGUUCUCUCCCCUCAUUUCAUUCAAACGCGUUGAUUCAUUGAGAUACACGUCAGCAUUAUCGGUGGGGCUUGCUAUUGUAUUUGUGGCAAUCACUGCAGGAGUGGCAAUUGUAAAAUUAAUAGAAGGAAGUAUCAGAAUGCCACGUUUGAUGCCUGAAAUCAGUGAUCAAGCAUCUUUCUGGAAACUUUUUACAGUUAUACCUGUUUUGGUCACUGCUUAUAUAUGCCACCACAACAUUCACCCUAUAGAGAAUGAACUGGUUGAUCCCACCCAGAUGAAGUCAAUAGUGAGAACAUCCCUUACAUUGUGCUCUUCUGUCUAUAUCGCUACCAGCUUGUUUGGAGUUCUUCUCUUUGGUGACCAAACACUGGACGAUGUGCUUGCCAAUUUUGAUGGUGAUCUUGGAAUUCCAUAUAGUUCACUGCUUGAUGAUGUGGUUAGAGUGAGCUAUGGCAUCCACCUGAUGCUUGUCUUCCCAAUUGUGUUUUUCUCCCUUCGCCUUAACCUGGAUGGUCUUCUCUUUCCAUAUGCCAUUCCUAUUGCAUGUGAUAACAAGAGAUUCUUCUUAAUAACUGCAGCUUUAAUGGGAUUUAUCUUUGUGGGGGCCAAUUUUGUGCCUAACAUCUGGGAUGCUUUCCAGUUCACCGGAGCAACAGCUGCAAUCGCUGUUGGUUUCAUCUUUCCAGCAGCCAUUGCUCUAAGGGACACCCAUGGAAUUGCAACAAAAAAUGACAGGCUAAAAUCAUGGGUGAUGAUACUAUUGGCUGUCUCAUGCAGUACAGCGGCCAUCUGUAGUGAUAUUUACAGCAUUUUCAACUUCGAAAAUGAAAUUGGAAGGUGACAUGUGAGAGGGCGAAUUAUAACAACUUCUUUCUAACUUAAGGACUACACUUGCAUACUGGGUGAGCCAAGACAACCAUACUGAAGAGCUCCAGUUCAUCAAUUGGUUGACAUGUAGCUAGCCAUUCUUGUAUUGAAGCAAGCAAAUCUUAGUGUUGAAGUUUGAAGUCAGUAAAUGAAUAGAAAUCAUACUCUAUUUGCCUUGCUGCAAUACAGUAUAUUUAUUUGGGAUCCCAAUAGAAACUUCUCCUUCAAGACAUAAACUGGUUGGCAUAUUAAAACCCGAUAUGAAUUUCCACCG